AGCAGAAGCCCUGCUUUCUCUGUCCAUCUCCCACUAGAGGUUUCUUCUUCUGGUCCCAGUUCCUUGGGCCCCAGGUUUACCCCAAUCAGGGAUGGAGCAGUGGCACUGUUCUGGAAUGCUCUAGAGACUCCAACUGUUCUGGAACACUCUAGAACCUCCAGGCAAAGGACUGGAACCGGGAUCACAGAGCAUUCCAAGGCCUUCCCAGCCUAGGUGGGGCCAGCCCCCGCUCCAGCACCCACAGCAGGCCUCAUGUGGAUGCUGGCACUAGGUGGGAUCUUCCUGGCAGCCGCCCAGGCCUGUGUCUUCUGCCGCUUCCCAGACCAUGACUUGUCGGGCCGCCUGGCUCAGCUUUGCAGCCAGAUGGAGGCCCAGUGGAAGGACUGUGAGGUCUCCUGGAACUUCUCGGCCUUUGCCUUAGAUGAUGCAUCCUUGAAAAAAGUCACAGAGAAGACUCACAGAGUCCUGAGGGUCAUAGAGAUCAAAGGGUCUCUCUCCUCACUCCUUUCAUAUUGGAGAUGGCUUCAAAAGACCAAGCUCCCAGAAUACAACAGGGAAGCUCUCUGCGCUCCCGCCUGCCGGGGCAGCACCAUCCUGUACAACUGCUCCACCUGCCAGGGCUUCGAGGUGUACUGCUGGCCCCGAAAGCGCUGCUUCCCAGGAAGUCACGAUCUUUGGGAAGCCAGGAUUCUGCUGCUCUUUGUCUCCGGAGCUGUCCUGCUCCUGGGUAUUCUGAGCCUCGCGGUGGAGUGAGUUGGGGGAUAAGGGCCAGAAACAGCCUCACCACCUCCGACCCAUCAGUACCUUCCCCCACCCCCUAUCCUUCCUCUUUCCCUCCUAGCCCCCUUCCCUUCCCUUCCCUGGGCUCCCAUCCUCUGUCUUCCCUCAGGUACAGCCAC